CAAUAAUUAGUUAUGUGGUAUGUUUUACAGAUAUAUUUUACCGAUAAUUCAGGCUUAUACUAAUUAUACUUGAGAAUGGCAACUGAAUUCUUCAGUUUAACUUGUUUUCCGUUUUCCUAUCAUAAGGACACAUUUUACAAUUAGAUGGCGCAAAUUAUUAGACAUAUUUUAUACAUUUAAACUGUAUUACAAAUUUUCCACAUUACUGGAGCUGCAGGGAUCCCGAAUUCUAUUGGAUCAGAGGGAAGCACGUGUCUUGUCACGUGUCUCCACAAGAAAAAGGGGUGCUUUUUGGUGUAAAUCUGGACUCUAAUUCCGUAAUAUAUCACGGUACAUCGUAAAACCGACACUAAAACGUCCAGACCUACAAAUCACUCGGUCAAAUUAUGAGUUCAUUGUAUUAUGCGAAUGCUUUAUUUUCGAAAUAUCAAACCGCAAAUUCGGUAUUCCCAACCGGGGUUUUUCCAGAGCAAACUUCUUGCGCUUUUGCAUCCAGUUCCCAAAGAGCCGCCGGCUAUGGCUCAGGUUCCAGUGCCGCUUCUUUUUCCUCCUCUGUGCCAGGGCUAUACAACAGCAGCGCUAGUAUGCAUCCCCAAAACCCGAAUAUGUACUCCGCUAGUUAUGGCCUGAACACUGGCUCUUUCAACAUGCACUGCUCAGCUUUUGACCAGAAUCUCUCCAUGAUGUGCUCUGCUGACACGAACAAGCAAAGCUGCAACAAGCUGGAGCAGAAAGACUCAGACCAGAGCCGUGAAGCCAACUUCCGGAUCUAUCCGUGGAUGAGAAGCACAGGAGCUGACAGAAAGAGAGGUCGUCAGACCUACACAAGGUACCAAACACUGGAGCUGGAAAAGGAGUUUCACUUCAAUCGCUACCUGACAAGACGGAGACGCAUCGAGAUCGCCCAUGCUCUGUGUCUGACUGAGAGGCAGAUUAAAAUAUGGUUUCAAAACAGACGUAUGAAAUGGAAAAAGGAAAAUAAGGCGGCGGGUCAGAGUCCACCAAACGAUGAAAAAAUAAGUGGAGAAUUGGAAGAAGAGGAAGAGUGAUUUAAGUUAUAAGGAUAAUAUAUAAAUAAAUAAUAGAUUAAUUAAAAAAAUAGGUGUAAAUGUCGGCACCAAUAAUUAAAAGGCAACAUUCUCAGUUUUUAACAAAAACAAAUACACUACCUAUUGAACUUUGUUGUUUUGUACGCAAAUUAUUAUAACGUCUUACUAUUGUAGGUUGGAUUGAUUAUUUAAAGUAGAUAACGUGUUAUUUCGUUGCUUAUUUUUGCUAAACUCAAACAUUACGGCUAUUGAUAAGAAAACAGUGAGCUUUUACUGUGCAAGUAUUGUGUACGUAUAACUUUAAUAACAGAAGGAAAUUUACGUUUACUAUUUUAGCACUAUUUCUGUGUAUGUGCACACGUAUACCUUAUACGCAGAAUAUGUAUAUAGAUGAUAUAUGCUACUCUCUCUUCUAUAUGUAUAUAUAUAUAUAUAUAAUAAAUUGCGCGUUUGUAUAUUUCUUUAUAUCAUGAAUGUUCCAAUUACCCUUAAACUUUGUACAAUAAUUGUGUUUACAUUGUUCAAAGUGUACAGUGAAUCACAAGGUGUAGAAAUUGUUUCAUAAUGAUUGUGUUGUCAGUUAAAACAUCUGGAAAAAAGGCUUUUUUGUUUUCAGUUUUUAU